AGUGAUAGUGAUGAUGAUGAAGUACUUCCAGUAUCAGUUAAAGAUGCAAUUAGUGGGUUGAAAACUUUUAUUAAAUAUUUUGAACAGCAAAAUGAUAAUUCUGAUUUUAAUAUAGAUGAUUUGCAAAUAUUUAGAAAAUAUUUAUGA